CACAACUAUUCUGAGUUCGAAUGGCUUUUUUGGAAGACCUGUACCGGACUUCACCAGGAAGUGUCUGCUCGACAAUGCCAUUGGACGUCUAUGUGGGGUAUCAGAGGCGUCAACCAUUAAUAGUUUCCAAAACCAAAUGCAUUUGGUUCCUAAAGGAGACGACGAUAUUGAUGAAGCAGAAAAUAUGGCGAAUGCAGUAGUAACACCGAACAGAAAUGAUUGGAAGAGCAUGGCUCUAAUACUGGAUCGUUGUUUCUUUGUCAUUAUGUUUGUGAUAUCUGUGGUUCUCACACUGGGAAUGUUAAAACGGUACCAGUAUUGAUCGUGUAAAUACCAGAACUCCAGUUCAUUUUCGACUUUUUACCUCAGACAAUAUGAGCCUGAAAUCACUAAUCACUAUUUAUAACAAUAAGACAGAAUUUAAUC